UUAAACCCUAAUUUAUACGUCUCUGUUCACACACCUUUCCUCUUUCCUCAAGCCUCCAUUCACCUCUCUCAAAGGCUCAGCUGGCUUGUAACAAUGGCAAAACACUACAGGCCUCCCGGAAAGAAAAAGGAAGGAAACGCUGCUAGGUACAUCACUAGGUCGCAGGCAGUCAAACAUCUUCAAGUCACUCUUCCCCUUUUCAGGAGACUAUGCAUUCUCAAGGGUGUAUUCCCUCGGGAGCCAAAGAAGAAGGUGAAAGGAAAUCAUCACACUUAUUAUCAUGUGAAGGAUGUUGCAUUCCUGCAGCAUGAACCUUUACUCGAGAUAUUUAGAGAUAAGAGGGCUUAUGAGAAGAAGAUCAAGAAAGCUGAGUCAAAGAAGAACCCAGAUCUUGCCAACCGUUUGCGAACCCGCAUACCUACUUAUACCCUAGAUAGAAUUAUUCGGGAGAGGUACCCAAAGUUCGUUGACGCACUGAGAGAUUUGGAUGACUGUCUCACGAUGGUGCAUCUUUUUGCAGCAUUACCUGCAUUGGAGAGGGAGAAACUGGAAGUGGACCGUAUUCAUAAUUGUCGAAGAUUGAGUCAUGAAUGGCAAGCAUACAUCUCUCGUGUUCAAAAAUUACGAAAAGUAUUCAUAUCUGUGAAAGGCAUAUACUAUCAGGCCGAGGUUGAAGGUCAAAAGGUCACAUGGUUGACCCCUCAUGCGUUGCAGCAAGUUUUGCCCGAGGAUGAUGUUGACUUCAAUGUCAUGCUAACUUUUCUGGAAGUUUAUGAGACUCUUCUCACCUUUGCUAAUUAUCACCUUUAUCAUUCAAUAAAUGUGAAGUAUCCACCCAUUCUUGAUCCUCGACUGGAAGCCUUAGCAUCAGAUCUCUAUGCGUUGUCAAGAUACAUUGAUGCGAACUCUAGGACUUCUGUGGUGGAUCCUCAAGCUACUACCAUGUCAGGAUCUGAGCAAGUUGAGACCCAACAGAAGGGGACACAACCUGAUGAGUCUGAUCUAAGACUAGCUCAACUUCAAUACCAACUUCCUUUUAAUGAACCUGGUGCGCUGAUGCGCCUUGCUGAAGAUGUUGCUGGUGAGGAUGAAGAAGAUGAAGACACAAGGGAGUGUAAAAAACUCUUCAAGAGUCUGAAAUUCUUCUUGAGUCGUGAGGUUCCCAGAGAGUCAUUGCUUUUUGUCAUUCCUGCUUUUGGUGGUGUCAUUUCCUGGGAGGGAGAGGGGGCUCCAUUUAAGGAAGCUGAUCAGAGCAUUACUCAUCAGAUUGUUGACCGACCAAUUCAAGGUCAUAAAUUCCUCUCCAGAGAAUAUGUGCAGCCACAAUGGGUGUAUGAUUGUGUAAAUGCUCGCAUAAUUUUGCCAACCGAGAAUUAUUUGGUGGGAAGGGUUCCUCCACCGCACUUAUCACCUUUUGUUGACAAUGAGGCGGAAGGUUAUGUUCCUGAGUAUGCGGAGACCAUAAAACGAUUGCAGGCUGCUGCUAGAAACGAAGUCCUUCCAUUACCGGGUGUGGGAAAAGAAGAUUUGGAAGAUCCUCAGAAGUUAUUGGUUGAAGGUGUAAUUGAUCGGGCAGCAGCCAAUAAAGCUGCUGAGAGAAAGCGCAAGAUGACUCUUGAGCAGAAUCGUUAUCUUGAUGAAUUGAAAGUGGAAGUUGAUGGUCUCCAGUCUUCUUCAACUGGUCAGGACAAUAAGCAGACUUCUAAAGAGAUGGAGGCUAGGGAAGAAUCCGAGCCUGAUAUACAUAGGAUUGUCCAGGAUCACUCAAACAUGUCAAAGGUUGUGAUGUCACGUAAUAAGAGGAAGCUUUAUGAAGCCAUGGAGAUUGGCAAAAAACGAAAGCAGGCUCAUGUUAAUCUUCUCAAGGAACGGAAGAAAAAAAUUGAAACCGGUCAGAAAUUUGAGAGUUGAAGUGCUGCUGAGAUUUGUACGGCUCUAAAUUUAUUGCUGAUUUGUUUUCUGUCAUAACUGUAGAGGACAAAAGAAUUUUUUAUUCGUUUCAAAGUGAAAAUGAAAAUAUUUAUCUACCAUAAAAUAUAGGAAACCUGGUUAGGCUUGAGCUUCAUGACGACGUGUAUUUACUAUUUAGUUCAACAUUGCCAAUCGAGGUUAUGAUUGGCGAAAAUUUUGGUAAAUAUGUAAGAAUAUAUAUAUAUAUAUAUAUAUAUUUGUUGUUGGAUGUUUAA